AUGAAUAUAUCAAGUUAUAUGAUGCUCUCUCUCUCUCUCUCUCUCUCUCUCUCUCAUUGGGUGGUUCUCUUACAAAUUCAGCCCCUUAAGAAACUCAAGUUCAUGGAUUUGUUUGCGUCCAAGAAUUUGAAGGAACUCCCGGAUCUUUCAAAUGCUACAAAUCUGGAGAAAGUAAAUCUGAACUAUUGCGAGAGUUUGGUAGAGAUUCCAUCCUCUUUUCCACAUCUUCAUAAACUAUGGUGGUUGGAUGUGAGUAACUGCAUAAAACUACAAGUCCUCCCAGCUUACAUGAACAUGGCGUCCAUUGAAACAGGAUGCCGAAAAUUGAGAAAGAUUCGAGUUGUUUCUAAUCACGUCAAAAAUGACGUUAUAAACAAAGACGAUGUGCCUGAUGCAUCAGUUGCGUGGUGGUCGUGUCGUCUUAGGUUUCUCGAUAUGAGCUACACAGAAAAGCUCAAGGGCUUUACACAUCUCCCAAAGAGUGUCACAUUCCUAGACUUAAGCUACUCUGGUAUUGAAAGGCUUCCAGAUUGCAUCAAAGAUCUUCAUCAGUUAGAAGAACUUAAACUAUCUGGCUGCAGUAGACUCACAUCUUUGCCAGAGCUCCCUGCUUCGCUCAAUUACGUAUAUGCAAAUGAUUGUGAAUCACUGGAGACCGUGGUUUUCCCUUUAAGCGCUCCACAUGCAGCAUUAAUUUUCACCAACUGCUUCAAAUUGGACCAACAAGCACGACGAGCAAUUAUCCAACAAUCUUUUUCUCCAACAAAUGCGCUCUUACCGGGAAGACAAGUGCCUGCAGAGUUCGAUCACCGUUCCAAAGGAAAUUGCAUGACCAUUCGUCCAGACGACGGUAAUCCUUCUAUUGGCAUUGCGGUUUGCGUCGUGGUUUCCUCGAACCAGCAAUUCACAGAAAUGAGUGAUUAUUCUUCCAUGCUUUUAUGUCGCAUCCACGGCUACUUAACCUACGAAGGCGAGGCGUUCAUAGAGCCUGUCUCAAAAUGUCGAAGGGAACAUCUAUGUUUAUUUCACUUUCGCCCUCUACCUGUCGACCUCUCCGAACCAGGCACAGAGAUGAAGAUCGAAUUCAGCAGCGAAUCAAACGCCUUCGACAUCAUAGAAUGGGGUGUCAAGAUCUUUACCCCACAAAGCAUCUACCUAAUCGACGUUAUGAAAGACUACCAUUGCCGUAGAGUAUUACGAGUGGUCGAUCACGAAACCUACGGGAGCAACAAUGGACGAGGAUUUGGCUAUGAAGAUGACGACAAAAUCCACAUGCGUUCACAUGAUUCCGGAGACUACCAUGGCCAUUAUAGAGUAUUACGAGACCUUGAUAUAGUAUCUGGCCAUGAAGAUGACAGCAACAAUGGAGGAUCUGGCUAUGAAGAUAACGGCAAAAACCACAUGCGUUCACAUGAUUCCGGAGACUACCCAGGCCGUUAUAGAGUAUUACAAGGUCGAGAAAUAGUAUCUUGGCAUGAAGAUGACAGCAACAGUGGAGGAUCUGGUGAUGAAGAUAACGGCAAAAACCACAUUUAUUCACAUGAAUCCAGAGAAACGACAGACGACGAAGAAGAAUACCAAUCUGAACCUGGAGAAGAGUCCGAGGAAGACAAUGGUCAGGGUGUCGCCGAUGGGGACUACGGAUCUGCUGUAUUCAGAAAGACGCCGAGUGCUUCUACAGAACACGAUUCUGAUAUCUUAAAAUAUGGUAUUUUCCUUAUUUUAUUAGGGUUAUUUUCAAUCUUUGUUGUAAAUUACUAG